AUGAUACCAAUUAAUAAAGGAAUUUAUCUAUAUGAAUUUCAAAAAAUUAAUAUCCCUUUACCAACACAUUCCUUUUUGAUUUCAGAGAAUGAGAAAGGUUAUUGUAAUGUUUGUGGUAAAUAUUGUGAAAAAGAUGAAACAGUAUUAUGUCAGAAAUGUGGUAUAAUAGUGCAUUACAAUUGUUCAGAACAUGCAUAUUCUUAUUGUCUAACCAAAUUAUCGUAUCUCAGUGGUUAUACGUUAAUCCUAGAAGAGUAUCUUGCUGCUUCAUAUACACCUCAUCAACCUCAUUUAAUUAUAGAAUCAACAACACAUCCCUUUAUUUGUCAGUCUUGUAAUAGUGAAAUUAAAGGGAAGUGUUAUAGGUGUUUAUGUUGUGAUUCAGUAUUUCAUAUUGAUUGUAAGCCAUUAAGAGAUUGUAAAUUAUGUCGUACAUCUGAUCCUCUUCAACACCAUAUGCUUCAUGGAGCAGAUAAGUUUUGUUUUGUAUGUAGAGAAUCAAUAGAAAGAAAAGCUGGAUUUCAUUGUUGUUGGUGUUCGGUAAAUGUUCAUGCCAAGUGCUUAUCGUUAUUACCAUCACAUUGUUCUUAUGGUAAAUUUGCUUCUGUCUUAACUAAACCUCAUAUAGAAUCAAAUCUUCUUGUUGUAGAUUGUGUAAAUAAAUCAAACGAAUUUUAUUGGUCAUUAUUGCACUUAAAUCCACGGCAAUUAGUUUAUUCUAUAAAAGACUACAAGUCCCAAAUCAUUGUUUAUUGUCAAAAUCUUCAAAACUUUAAUUCUAAAUUAUCUUUAUUUACAAAUGAAAAUAAGAUUAUUGUUACUAAUGGUGAUUUAGCUCAAACCUUUGGUUGGAAUAUCCCUUUUAAAGAUGUAAUACAAAACAUAACUCAUUCAGUAGAAAUUAAUUGUGACAUAUGGAAUAUCAGCCAUCUUAACAAAGAGUUUUGUUGUUAUUGUGGUAUAGGAAUUGAUGCAUACCAAUUAAGAACAAAAGAAAAUGAAUUAAUUAAAAUUAUGUUAGAGAAACAUAUUCAUGUGUUUCUCGGUGAUAAACAACUUAAUUUAAAAGGAUUAUGUGGAAUUAUUUUUAUGAACAUACCAUUCUAUCAAAGCACUAAAUUUGUUGACCAACUAGAUGCAACACUAAAUGACAGAUUAAUAGAAAUUAUUGGCUUCACUUCUGCUAAUCAUUUUGCUGUUUGUAAAUCUGGUUGUUUAAUGCCAAAGCAUAUUGGAACUUCAAGAAUUAUCAAAGUUGUUGUCUUUGAAGAAAUUGACUUUGAAAUUGAUGGAUGUCUUUUAAAGUUAUCUCGUGGAGUUUAUGUGAUUCAAUCUUUCCGCCAAUUAACAUUCCUUGCUUAUAAAAAACGUUAA